UCUCUCUCUCUCUCUCUCUCUCUCUCUCUCUCUCUCUCUCUCUCUCUCUCUCUAAACUGAGGAAAAUGUCUCAAGGCGAUCAUGGAGGAAUGAACAUGACUCCUAUGACUCCUGGUUCAAUGUCGAUGACCAACUCAUCCUCGAACAACUACGGCGGCAUGAACAUGAAGAUGAUGAUGCACAUGAGUUUCUAUUGGGGCAAGGACGCCAUCAUCCUCUUCUCCAGUUGGCCGGAGCAGCGGUUCGGUAUGUACGUGCUAGCUCUCUUCUUCGUCUUCUUCUUGGCCUUGGCAGUAGAGGUUCUGUCCGUCUCUCCCAGCAUCAAGACAGGCACGAACCCAGUCGCGGGCGGCGCGACGCUGGCUGCCGUAUAUGGGUUGAAGAUGACCUUGGCCUAUAUGGUGAUGCUCUCCCUCAUGUCCUUCAACGUCGGGGUCUUCAUCGUGGCAGUGAUAGGCCACGCCUUCGGCUGCUUUCUAGUCAAGAGUUGGGCUCUGGCGACGGCGAAUAAAGCGGCCGCGGUUAGUUCCUCUGCCACCGGCAUUGCUGCUAAAGUUUAAGUGCGGUUGCUUGUCACUUGUCAGUAAUUUCUCUCCCCAUAUGAUGUAUCAAAAAUAUUAACCUUGUUGAUAAUGAUGUGCAUAUAAACUAUAAAGACCUUUUCAA